CUGUACGAGUGCGAGCGAUUGAAAGCCUGCCGCAAGGGACCGGAGAAUUUUUGGCUCAUUUUGUGACGCCUGCAAUUGUGCUGUCGAAGAAAGAUGCAGGCUUUGAGCAUUGGUUUCUUGGGCGGUGGUCAGAUGUGCGAGGCCCUUCUAGGAGGACUCCUGGCGCAAGGCACCACUGAGGGUGCAAAAGUGCUGGUCAGUGAGCCCCUAGAGGCCAGAAGAAAGUAUUUGGAGCAGAAGUUCAGUGUGAAGACGACGGAGUCCAAUAGCGAGGUGGUCACCACCAUGGGCAAAGGCGGCGUGGUGGUCCUAGCUGUCAAGCCGCAGGUGGCAGCAGCAGCCCUGAAUGGUCUGACGAUGUCGCCUGAGACGUCGCCGCUCUUUAUCUCCAUCAUGGCCGGUGUGACCAUCGCAAAGCUGAUGGACAUGGGUGUGAAGCGUGUAGCGCGGACCAUGCCCAACACGCCUUCGCUCGUUGGACUGGGUGCCUCUGCUUAUGUCCUGGGUCCCGGUGCCUCCAGCAGCGACGGUGCAAUCGUGGAGCGCGUCAUGUCAGCUGUGGGUCUCUGCGAAAAAUUGGGCGACGAGAAACUGUUGGACGCGGUCACGGGGCUCAGUGGUUCCGGGCCUGCCUAUGUGUACAUGAUGAUUGAAUCCAUGGCUGAUGGUGGAGUGAAGAACGGCCUGCCGCGGGAUGUGGCGCUGCGCUUGGCCGCGCAGACCGUUCUGGGCUCGGCCAAAAUGACGCAGGGCGAGAAGCACCCAGCGCAGCUGAAGAACGCGGUGGAAUCCCCCGGUGGCACCACCAUCGCGGGCACCGCCACGCUGGAGAGCCUGGGCUUUCGGCACAGCGUCAUCAGUGCCGUGACGGCCGCCAAGGAGCGAGCCACUGAACUGGGCAAGUUGUAGACCCGGCUGGCCGACGGGUUGCCACCGCUGGGCUGAAGCCCAAGGUGUGGUGAUUGACUGUUCGUUUUUUCAGCAGC